UGAUUGUUUGCCAUGGCUGUCGAAGCAAUGAGCCCAAUCACCCAAGAGUCCGUACACGCCGCUGUUGCCGCGAAGGAGUUUUCUAGGAUAGCCGAAAUCUGUGGUCGACUUGAGCUUGAGGCUGCAGCGUCGGGAGCACCGCCGCUGCCAGCAGCGAUCGACUCGCUGCAUCUGCUUGGCCUGCUUCACGAUGGAGAUUUAAAUGAGGCGCGCUUCUUAUGGAAGCGGAUACCUGCGUCCGUGAAAGAAGGCGAUGCUGAGCUGGAAGCGACGUGGAGAGUGGGGCAAGCGAUGUGGCGGCGAGACAGCCAAGGCGUUCACGAGGCGUUGAAAGCCUUUGACUGGUCGCCAGCUGUGGAACCCAUGGUCGCUGCUGUCGCAGACAGAUACACACAUACCAUGAUCCAACUGCUUGCUCGCUCCUUCUCCACCAUCUCACCUUCACAUGCUGCCACCUUUCUCGGACUGACUACGCAAGAAGCCCUUCCAUUCCUGGAGGCCAAGGGUUGGAAACAGGACGCUGCAACAGACAUGUUGAGUCCACCAGUGGUGCAGGGAGGGAAGGGCGGGGAGGCGGAGGAGGAGCUGAGGCAACUAGCCCAGGUGAAGCGGCUGACGGAGUAUGUGUUCAACUUGGAGCACUGAAGCUGUCUGCUCUGCUCUAGACCAUGGGCAGUGUGUGAUGUGUAGACAUGUUACCAGUAUGUGGCUCGAUGUUGAUACACUUGCAUGGAAACGAGUCACGCAACGCUCAUGAUCAGUGCGCAAAAGUUUCUCAUGCAUUUCAUAUCCAGCCGUUUUUCUCAUGAAAUUUUCUGUAC